AGAACCCUAGAAGACGAAUCUGCUGAAGCAACGAGAGAUCUCCAGUGCGAUCUUGUGUCUGAACGUGAAGCAAAACAAUGAGCGAGAGAGGAGUAACAUCAGGUUGCAGAACCGAAGAAGACAUGAUAAGCUUCUUACCUGAUCACUUGCUGUGUCAGAUACUCUCUCAUGUUCCUACAAAGACAGGUGUUAUGACUAGUGUUCUAUCCACCAGAUGGAGAACUGUCUGGCUUUCGACACCUCUCUUGGAUUUGCACACUGAUGAUUUCCCUAGCUUCACCGCCUUGGCGAGCUUCAUCUCCCGUUUUCUAGAUGGCUCAUCAUGUUUACAGAAGCUCAAACUUGCUUUGGUCUCUGGGAGACCUAUUGAAGAUAUCUCUAAUGAUUUUUUGAGAUUCUCUUUUAACGAUAAGAGAAUUAUUCAAGAUAUCUCUAAUCAUCCCGCUUACUUGAUGACGCAGUGGAUCAACAAUGCAGUUACACGUAAAGUUCAACAUGUAGAUAUCUUAUAUCAUUGGAUUGUGGACAUGAUGAUGAUGCCACUAAGCAUCUACACCUGUGAGACUCUAGUAUCCUUGAAACUCCAUAACGUGACACUGACUGAUUCUGAGUAUGUUUCUCUACCUCGUCUCAAGAUCAUGCAUUUAGUAGACAACGUUUGCGCUAAUGAUGCCUUUAUUGGGAAGCUUAUCUCAUCUUGUCCGGUUCUUGAAGAAUUAACUGUUGUUAGAAACAGAGAUACAAAGUACGACUUUGAGGUUUUACGCGUGCGUUCCCAGUCGUUAAAGAGUCUCGUAGUUGUUCUUAUUGGUAGGGAGUGGUGGUACAAUGCUUGUAGGGUUGUUGUGAUUGAUGCUCCUGGACUCAACUAUUUGAGUCUUAAAGAUAACAAGUUCACAAGUUAUGUAAUAACCAAUUUAAGUUCAUCUGCCAAGGUAGACAUUGAUGUCAGUUUUGAUGUGGACAUUGAUCUGGCUACAGACAGAAGUGUAGUUAGAAGUUUCUUAACCAUGCUCUCGAGCGUAAGGAACAUGACUAUAAGUCGAACAACUUUAGAGAGCAUAUGUCUCUACUUGAAACAUGAACCAAUGCCUCAGUUUCCUUACUUGAUCAGAUUAGAUGCGGUCUUGUAUAACUCUGAUUUGGGAAAUUUGCCAAACAUUCUUCAGAUCUGUCCAAAUCUCAAAUCCCUUGUCUUGGAGUUGAGUAAUCUUAAGAAGGAGGAACUACUUAUUCUCUCAUCAUCAUCAGUUCCAGUAUGUUUAAGAUCAUCCCUGGAGUACGUUGAGAUAAAGACACCGAUAAAAGGAGCUCUAGCUGAAAUCGAACAUGUGAAGUACUUCCUGGAGAAUUCGGCUGUGCUCAAGAAGUUUAAGAUGUGUUUGCGUAGUGGGAGAAUGAACGAAGAGUCAAACAUCUUGAUGGAACUCUUGGGAUCGAGGAGAUGUUCUCCUUCUUGUGAAGUUGUUGUUCAACUUGAAGAGUUAGAAGAGACUUCUCUCAAACUAUGAUGAGAUACUACAACCUUUUGUAACACUUGCAGUUUCAGUUUUAAGA